GUUGUGAAAAAUGAUUUUCAUAUGAUGGCGAUUUAGAUUUAACCGAACAAAGUGCAUAAUUUGUGCAGGCAAACAUGUUUAUUGAGUGAGGAGGAUCGAAUCACUUACCGGGCGAAGCGAACGCGCUUUGUGCGCCUUGCUUUUGCACUUGCGUAUGUGUGUGUGUGUGUAUAAUGGACAAGUUAAAAAACAACAACAAGGAAAAUGCAUCAAUUGAGUACCCCCCGACCCCCUACCCGACCACAAUUGAUGUCGAGGAUGUGGAGAGCAACAAGAGCACACCGUACUACACACCCAUGGAAUUUCUGCAAACCUCCUUUGAGUUCCCAUCGCCCACAACCGAAACAGCAACGCAAUCGCCAGGGGGUGUCGUCGGCACAGCCACCGCCACCACACUACCCGCAGAGGCACUCGACCACGAUAUAGAGGAUUCCGCACGCCCCUAUACGGCCAAGCAGUUCACCAUCGCCCACCCGAAUCCACCCCACCACGUCACGCAGUCACCGACAUUGAAUCGAAAGUUCAAGCGUUUCUCCCUAUACGAUCGACGAUCCUGCUCACCGCACAUUGCUAGCACCACAGAGGAGCAGAGGGGCAGGGGAGGAGGCACCACCGACAAGGAGAACACAAUUCCAAAGUCCGGCGACGAUCUAGAGAAUAGUCUGUAUCUGUCCAAGAGCGAGCACAACUCACCCACAAUUAUAUUUAGAGAUGAAUCCUCCUCGACGCCCGGCGGCCUUGAGGCGAGCCGUCUCACCUAUUCACCAAAGUUUCUGUCGUCCAUUAACAAUCUGAAUCUGUCCGGCCACGGCUCUCCCUUGAACAUCAUCAAUUCGGCUGGCUACAAGAGCGGGAACUUCUUUCGCUUCCCCGAGAUCGAUCAUCAUGUCGUCCAGGAGGCUCCAAUCGAUGCAGUACAUAUUGAGGAAGCGGCCCAAGGGUUGCGUUUCAGGGGCAAGGAAUCACUGGCCGCCGAGCUGGCGCGUGUAGAGCCGCAAGAUCAGCAGAGAGCCGAAGGCCGGAAGAAUCGCAAGAACAAGAACAAUCUCACCAUUCGCAUCACAGAUGUGCCCAUCAAACACUCCGGUGGACAGGUAUCGCCGCUGCCCAAACCAAAGACGCCCACCAUCAAGAGCACCAAGGAGAAAGCCCGCUCCCUGGACUCGGCGGCCAACGAGACGGAGCUGUCGAUUGUGGUGCACAACAUAACCGAAUCUCAUGGCAGCUGCGAGGACAUGAUGGACAACCAGAACAAACCCUUGGCCGGUGGCAUCCACAUCCACCAUCUGCAGCAGCCCACCUCCUCCGCCAGCAUACACUCGACAUCGCUCUCUCGUCUCGACAGUCACAAUGUCCGUCGCACUGCGCGCCGAAAGUCGCCCGGCAUCGAUAAUCCCAACUGGCUGAUGUACCACCGCAAGCAGAAUCCAUAUCAUGGCAGCAGUAGCACGGCUCAGAGCUCGCUGGACUCGGAAAUGAGCCUUAGUGACUCCCCGCAGCGCAGCGCCGCCGAGCUGAAGUCCGCCUGCAGCGUGGACAGCAGCUCAAAGUUCGGCCUGGGCGCCACUUUGGCGCCGCGCAGUGCCCACAAGCAUAACCAGCUGCUGCACUCGUCCAGCACCAAUCUGAAGACCUUGCCCGAAUGCCUCACCCUGGUAGAGUUCUCAUCUGGCGGCGGCGGCGGCUCCUCCUCCAAGGAGUCGCCCUUCAAACAGAAGUCCAUGGACCUGCCUAUGCCCAAUCUUCAGGCCAAGACGACGGUGUCCACCUCAUCGAUGAAUCUCCUGCAGCGACGUGGAUCUAACCACAGUCUCACUCUCAAUCUGCACAGCUCGUGCGGCAACCUGAUGAACAGCGGCCUCAGCCUGUCCAACUACAGCCUCGGAUCCAUACUCAACUCCAAGUCCAGCUGCAACCUGGAUGCUGGCGGGGGCACAGGCAGCGGAGCCACUCAACUGGCAGGCACCAGUCAGCAGCAGACACCCCAACAUCUUGCCAGCAGCCAGGGCAAUCGUCAGGGCUUAUUCCGCAGGCGGGGAUCCACUCACAGCAUCACACUGAAGGGACACACCACCACCUCGUGCGGAGACCUACAGCAACAGCAGCAGGCGAUGCUGAAUGCCGAGAAGUACAACAGAUUGAGCAUGCGAACCAAUUCGACGGGCUCGGGAUCGGGAUCGAAUGUGCCGACACCCAAACGCGGUCUGCUGGAGCGGCGCGGAUCCAAUCAGAGUCUCACCCUCAAUAUGGGCAGCAUUCUGGGGGUGGGGUGUGGCGGCGAACUGCCCGUUCCGGAUGUGUGUGGCCAGCCCAAGGUCACAGUCUGCAGCUGUGCCGCCUCCAGCCAGGCCCCGCACCAGCGGAAAUUCUUCAGCACCGAGAAUCUGAACAGCAACAAUAAACAGAACAACCAGUUCUUUGGCCAGGUGUGCUUCGGAUCUGCUUCUGACCUGCAGCCCAAUCCGGUACAGGGAGGUCCGGCCAGUACCGAGCAGAGCAUUGCCUGCACCUGCGCCGGUGCUACGGUGCGCAACAUCAUGACACGGCCCCUCUCGCCGCAGACGACCAGCGAGGAGUUCAAGAUCUAUUUGGCCAGCAUCCAGAUGCUGCAGAGUGCCUCCAAUCCACUGAACCAGUUCGAUCUGAUCCGCCUCAAUCACGUUUUCGAUCACAGCUACAAGACCAGCAAGAACAUCAUUGAACAGCCGCCGGUUUUGGGCUCGAAUGGCCGCGAUGCUGAGAUGGAGACACCCACGAAUCAGUUGCCGCCCAGCUCGGAGGAUAGCGAGCUGAUUGCCUGCUAUCAGGCGGUGGUUCAGCGGAUUGUGCAGUCGAUGCCACAGCUGGAGGAGGCCGAGCAGAAGCGCAUCUUCUGCGAUCUACACAAGGAGUUCUGGGAUCUGCCGCUCAACCAUCAGGAGAAGCCCAUGGUGUUUGGGUCCCAGACGAAGAAUCGCUACAAGACGAUUCUGCCCAACGAGCAUUCCCGUGUGCUGCUCGAGCCAGAGGCCAGCGAGCUCAUCAGCCUGGAGGAGCAGGCGCAAGAGCUGGAGAAAGCCCUCUAUGUGUCCGCCAACGAGGAUGCGCCCUACAUCAAUGCCAAUUAUAUCAAGGGACCCGACUACGUGUCCAAGUGCUAUGUGGCCACCCAAGGUCCGCUGCCCAACACCAUCUUCGAGUUCUGGCUGAUGAUCUACCAGAACACGCAGCGCUACAUCCGCCGCUGCGUAGACGGGGGCAGCAGCAGCAGUCCGCACAUGGAAAGGUCGCAGAUAUUGCAGCAGUACUUUCAGAAGAUCGUCAUGCUCACCAACUUUACGGAGGCGAAUCGGCAGAAGUGCGCCAUUUACUUUCCCAUCGACCUCAAUGAGAUAUUCGCUGUGGCCGCCAAGUGCGAGGUGUUCUGUCUGAGUACGGCUGCCCGGGAAUACUUUGACCAGCACCUGGUGCCCAUGUCUGUGCCGGACACUGCAGUGGCACCGCCGCCGCGAGUUAAUGAGCUCGAGGAUCUGAGCUAUCAGCACAUUGGCGUCGAGUCGCUGAAGGUGACGCUGGACAGCGAACUGCUGGAGAGUCUGCCAGCCCAGAGCAACUUUUUUCUGGUGAAGAACGUGGGUAUUGUGCGACGAAACGGGUACUCGGUGCGAAAGUUUGUGCUACUCUACUGCAUCCAUGUGCCGCAGACGGCGAGCUAUCACCUGCAAAAGAUCUGCUGCUAUCACUACUGGUAUCCGGAUUGGCCCGAUCACCACUCGCCGCGAGACAUCAAUACGUUGCUGGACACUUGUCUGCAUGUCCUGAAUCUGGGCAAAUGCGAAUCGGAGUUUGACAACUACGACGAGAGUCGAAGCGUGCGCAAUGCCCAUCUGACGGCCCAGCGUCUGGACAUCUAUAAGCAGGACAUUUUCAAUGCCGUGCAGCCCUUGCCCGUUAUCCACUGCUCGGCUGGCAUCGGGCGGACCGGCUGCUUCACGGCCAUAUUGAAUGCCGUGCGGCAGGUGCGUCAGUCGCUGGCCUACUCUCUCACCGGAAUGCUGACCAAAGCUCUGUAUGUGGCAGACUUUGACUGCAACUCGGAGGCGAAUCACGACGACAGCGACAGCAGCUUCACAUGCAACACCAUACGGCAUAUACGGCAGAUAAUUGACCACCAGGAGCCGCCCACCUUCGACAAGCUACCCAAGAUGCCAGACAUCUUUGUGGACGUGCUGGGCAUUGUGUGCAAUCUACGCUUGCAGCGCGGCGGCAUGGUCCAGAACUCCGAGCAGUAUGAGCUGAUACACCGGGCCAUUUGUCUCUACCUGAAGCGAACCCUGGCCUUGAGGCGGUUCUAGGAUUCAAAAUAAUUACAAUUACAGUACACCCCCCAUGUUGACGACUACGAUAUGGACUAAAUAUGAAUAUGAGGAUACGCAAUACAGAAGAAGAAACAGGAAAAGGAAAAGAAGAAAAAACACCAAUUUACUAUUUGUAAAACAAUAUUUUGUGACCCUUAUUUUAAUGUAAUGAAGAACACAACCAAUCGAAAAAGAAUAUCAAACAAGAAGACGACAAACCAUGGCUAAAAGAGUCUCGAAACACACACACUUACAUAGUGCUGGGGCAUACUCCGUGUAGUGGAGGUGUCCUGGAAUGUUUGCUAAAUAUUACUAUUACCACAUAUUCUACAUAUAUACAUAUAUAAAUGUUUAUUAAGUGUUCGGAUGUAUGUGUCAGUUAAAUGUGUAUGCAUGUAUGUAUGUACAUAAGUGUAAAUGUUUCCAAACCCACUUUUCGUGUAAACUAUGCUUAAAAAACUAAACUAAAGUUAAUUACCAAUUAUUAUAUUACCCUCACCCAUACCUUUGUCCUUACCUUAUCGUAGACCCCCUCCCUCCCUUUGCCCUUCCCCUUCCCCAAAACUUUACAGAGCUCGACGACGUGUGCGCGGCGGCCCCGGAUCCAACUGUGAGCUGGCUACCCAUGUUUGGGGGCGAAGAAAGCUCACACCUUUUUCAAGUUGGCCCCAUCCCAGGGGCCUUCUGACUAAACACCAAAUUUCUUCAAACCCAAACUGCUAGUUCUACCGUCGGGUUGGGGGCCCCCCGUCCACCCUCCACCCACCAUCAUCCAUCGAAUCGCGCGUAGAGUUGAUCAAAGAGAUACAAAAGAAAAAAAAACAAUUUGAAAAACGUGGAUAGUGUAAAACCAAACCGUAAAUGAAUCUUGUAUUAAUGUUUAUGCAAUGGAACUAGUCAAAUAAACCCUAGAAACAUUUUAAA